AACUUUAAUCCGCCAUCUUGUUGUGAGUCGUGAGCUUAAGCUGUUUGCGUCCUUUUAUUAUGUAUAUUGUGCUUGUGAAUAUUUAAAAUAUAAAUUGGUGAUUUUGUCAUAAGCGGACAGUAAAUGAACAGCAACAGCAACAAACACGAUGGCUCUCAGUCAGCCAGAUCUUCACAUGCAACACCAGCUACUAAUGGCACAAGAAAUGUUACCAAUAAUAAAAAACCAGAUACAUGUAGAGAUUACAUGUGGGGAAAAUGUACUAAAGGUAGUUCCUGUAGAUUUAGACAUGAAUUGGAUUUUGAGAAAAUAAAAAAAACUGUCAAGUUCUGUCAUGACUAUCAAAACAGAGCUCCAUGCACCAGGGAAGUUUGUACAUUUAUCCAUGCAACUAAGGAUGAAGAGACAUUAUUUUUAACUACGGGUAAACUGCCUAAAGUUCUAGCAGAGAGACAUGCUAAUAUCUCUUCGGCUGAAACAAUACCACAGAUUGCUAUGUAUAUCCAAGAGUCUUUAGCUGGACCACCACCGCCACCACCACCCCCACAACCAGAACCACAGCCAUCUUCUUCUGUUAAUGGACCCCAACUAACGUAUAAUAUGGGACAAAUGGCUCCACCAAUGCAGCCGGGAAUGGGUAUGGGGUCUAUGCACAUCAGACCGAUAAAUAUGGGGCCAAUUCCACCACAAAUGAUGUCAAUGCCGGGACCUUCUAUGGUUGCUCCACCACCUCCAGCAAUUCCAAUGCAACAUUUACCUCCUCCUCCACCUCCACCUCCACCCCCAACUCAGAGCUCUACAAGCUCUUCACUGUCGACACCUCCAGUAUAUACAGCACCUCCGCCACCAACUAUGAGGGUUUCGCUAAAUCAAGACCUACCACGACCUGCGACUCCAAAACUAAAUAUGGACAGGUUUGAUCCAAGUAAGCCACCUCCACCCUUCAUACCAAAUACAAGUUUAAAGCGUCCUUCCGUUAGUGAUAAUAUGAAAGCCGGUCCCAGCAAAAUCAGAAAGGAAGAGGAAGCUUUAGUCGAAGACGUGGCGUGCGAUCCGUGUCGUCAGCGACAAAUAAGAAUCGACGUUUAUCGAAAGGAAUCAGAAAAGAUGUAUGCUCGUGUUGAUUUUCAAAAAUUAAUGUACAAAAAGAAAUAUGAGGAAUAUCAACGUAAGGAGGAGAUAUUAAAAAUCCUAUUAAACCCUGAAAUAUAUAAAAUUAUUGAGGAUUUGUUGUUGAAUGAGGAGAGCCCGCAAGUACAAGAAUCGGACAAUCACAAUGCUAUUGGCGACUUAACACCUCCAAGAACAGUAGAAUCUCUAGGUACAUUGAUGACUUGGCCUAAUAAUGUAAAUAAUUCAAUACAAAACUCUUUAUUAUUUGCGGAACAUUUACGUGAUGGUAACAAAAAAAGGGAUGCCCAAUCUGAAUAUAACCAUAAUAACACAAACCGUCAAGAAACACAAGUAUCAUAUAGCCAAAGUUUAUCGGUUCCUACAACAAGCAAAACUCAAAGUUCGAAUCCUGGUAAAAAUGUUCCGACCACAGCUUCAACCUCAUACUUCUAUUAUAAUAUGCCGCCGCCUAUAACGAGACCGUUCAUGACGCCAUCGACUUCUAUGGCUCCAACUGCAGGCACUUCAUUGAUGGCAUACCAACAUAAUGGAAUGCAGGGACCUUCACAGGCUAUGACAAAGCCGUCAACGUCUGCUCCGCCUGCACCAUCCAAGCCAAACAAUCAAUCAAAUCAAAAAUCGGCUCCAUACCCUCCGCCGACGUCUUAUUAUAAUUCUUAUCAAUAGCAUUGGGAUAAUGUUGGAUGCAUAUGCAUGGUGGGCGGGAGCUAGCGUCGUUGACAGGUGUAAAUAUAUGAACGUUAAUUUAAGAUUAAGCUAAUUUUAAGACGAUAACUGAACUUGACAUGUUGCAAUGUGAUACAAUCUGAAUUUUAAAAGACUAUGAGUAUGUUGACGUGUACUACGGAUUUAUAUCAAAAUCCAUGCUGUAUAAAUAUGAUUAUAUAUAAUAGUUUUUAAAAGUAUUUGAUUACAGGAUAUGCUUUUAUAAUGUGACAUUUAGACUAGUAAAUUAUCUUUACAAUAUGUUUUUUUUAUGAAUUACAAUAUCAUUAUUUGAAUGUCCUUGUAUUUAAUUAAUUCAAUUUCUUGUUAACAAUAUUAAAGAUCGGAUAUUACUAUUUAUUUGUCCAUCGUGCUGUUACGGUCCCAAUUCACGUGUAUUGCAUUCACGUGUAUUAUGUCACUAUACAACAUAUAUUAUUGUUCACAAUUUAAAUUUUAUUUUUGUAUCGCUAUAUAGCGCCUACUUAGCAAUAAAUAUAAAUACAAGAGUUAACACAGGAAUAUCUCAAGUGCCUUGAAACAUCGAAAUAAGGUGCGAUGUAAGCAAAAGCAAUGCGUUUUGAUUAUUCUUCCAUAAAAUAGGUUUAAGAUAUAUGAUUAUAAAUAAGGAUAUCACAAUAUAAAAAAAAUUCUAUGAAUUUGUGAUUUAAUAUAAUUAUGAUCGCCUUAACACGGCCGCAUUCCAUAGAGCCGACAUUCAAAUAUUCAUAUAUGUAAUAUGUAUAUAUAUAUAAUAGAAGUCACAAGCCCUAGGUAGUAUACAAUUACUUAAUUAAAGUAAUAAAUAAGAAAUGAUAAAACUUGUGCCUCCACAAUAUAUUAUCUGUUGAUUAAAGGAAAUAAUUUCGGAAUUUUAACAAAAGUAUCAAUUGUAAAUGUAUAUUUUUUUAAUGUAUAUGGAAUCUAGCCACAAAUAUAAAUUUUAAUUUAAUCAUAACUACCUAGUACAGCCAUAAGUUCUGUUACAAAUGAAACAUGCGAUUUUUUUUCAAAUAAAGUAAUGUAAUGUUAUCACACUGUUUCCAAGGGAUAUUUCGCCACUGCAUGCUUCAAAGAUUUUUUAAGAGACUAAUGUCGCCGUAUCGUUUAGCCAUGUCCUAUUAAACUUACCAUAGUUUGAAGUCUAAAGGGUUAAGAUCCGGGCUAGGUAGAGGGCCAGUCUUCAGCUCGUACAAAGUUCGGAACGUAUAAAGUCUGGAUUCAAGCCAGGCUUGGGUAGUUGGUGCCUUGUGACCAGGAAAUUCCACGGUAUAUUUUUAAAAAGUGUAUUGCUGAGAGGUUUCAAAACAUAUCCCAGACUGUAUCUUGAUACACAUUGGCUGAAGUAUUCACCCCUUUUUCACAAAAGUGUGACUCCUUGAUAAGACACGCCCCACCAGACCGUCACUGACGCAGAAUGAUGACCACGUUGUACCUUUCAGACUUUAUCAUUUUGCUUGUUAUAGCAUUCUUCAAUCAUGAAAAAUUUUUCAUCGGUAAAGAGGAUAUUUCACCUGCGUAUCGCGACAGAAGGAUCGAUCCACUCUCAUUAAUUGUAAAUAUUGAUUAAGGGCAUCAAUCCUGGGUGUCGACGAUAAGCGCCGAGCUUCCGGAUUGUUUUAUAAUACGCGACUGAGUCCUAGAGGUUUUCAUUUCUCGCGAUAAGAUUUUUUGCUUCCUAAUGAGGUUUCGACGAAUUCUGGAUUUAAACAGCCUUUUUAGUUCUAACAGCACGCAGCCGCCUCGAUGUUUUCUGGUCUUCGACAGACGAAGUGUUGUUGUAUCUGUUGAUAGUACGAUGUAUGAACAUACGGCUGAUACCAAGCUUUUGAAGUAUCUGGAAUAUGACCGACGGCUCCAUACCCACUUUGUGCAAGGGGAUCAUUGCAUAUUCUUUAACACCCCAUUUCAUAUUGUAUAAUUAGAUAAUGAAUACGAAAAAAUAUGUGAAAUGGCGCAAAAUCUAAAAACGUUUUUAAACUAAUAUAGGACGUGUUCCAAAUUUAAAAUAAUUAAAGAGAUGAAAAGUAUCUUUUUAAUGUCCUAUAACCCCUAGUUGGGGCAAAGGGCGUUCGGUAGUGAGCCUCGUAUUUUACCUAGCUCCAAGUCUUUCCGGCUCCCCAACUUCCUACCCCUAAAUAAUAUAGGACGUGUUCCAAAUUUAAAAUAAUUAAAGAGAUGAAAAGUAUGUAUAUAACAGUAUUUAUGGCCAGACUAGUUAUAAUAUAAGAACUAGUCACAUCGUUUUAGUAUGGUAGUGUUCACUUUAUAUUUAAAAUUUCAUUUACAAUGGGCUAAUUUCAUUGCUAUUUAUUUAUACAGUGUUAUCAAAUCAAUUUAAUAAAAAAUAUCCAAAAUGUGUUUUGGAUUGCUGAAGAUCUUUUGAAUUGUGUCUUGUAAAACAUGAAAAGUCAGAUAUUUUAAUAAAUUCUAAUAUCAUCGUUAUUAUUAAUUUUGUGUAAAUAUAAUAUUACGGCUUAGUUUACGUAAUGUAAAUGUAAUUUUUUAUGACUUGAGAAAUAAGUACGCAUUGCCGGGUGUAAAUAGUUGCCGAACAAAAUAGUUUGCGGUUUUAUUUUAAUUUCCCAUUGGUUCUUUUUAAAACAGAAAUACUUGUUACGGUUAUUAAACCCGGAAUUAAAUAAAAAUAUGGGAGAAUUCUUUGUUACUUACGGUUGAAGUAGUUUUUACGAUUUACACCCGGUAUUUGAGAAACUCGCAUGUUAAUAAAAUAUUUUGUUUAGGCUGGUAAUUUCGUAUCUUUCUCUUAAUUAUCAUAUAUUUCCGCCAGAAAUAGGCAAGUAGUGUCCGAGGGUGCGAUUAAGAAAUGAGACUUAGCGCGAACUAUUAUUCCCGUAUGUCAAAAUAGAAUACAUUUUUGACGUAUGCGAGUGAGGCUUGGCGUUUUUUAGCCCUGUUUCUGAAUUUUACCUCUAGUAAAACGACCAUAACAAUACUAUAAAUAGUAAUUAUGGUCGUUACUCGUCUAGACGCUACUUGCCUAAUAUAAAAGAGGAGUUCCUACUUGCUUAUUAUUACAAGUCCUUUCCAAUGAUUUUACGCUUUAUGUAUUAAAAUAAAACAAAGCUAAAAGGGUA